AUGCCGCACUUACCACCGGGCGCUGAGGCAAACCCGUCUGAUGGUGGGGAGCUUGUCUUCUCUCCAGUUACCAAAGAUCACAUCCAGAACUGCUCAUACGAUGCGUGGUUCCCAAGUUACAAAAGCUGUUGUUUGAAAUCGAGAAUCAUUCCAUUGCCUCAGUCGUUCGUGGCAUACCUACAAGAGGACGGGAUCUUGUUAGCUGAUGAAGAUGUCGCUUCGACUCCAGCUGAUACUGAGUGGCACUCGGCCGGCGCAAAUGCCAGUUACCAACCGACAGUAAAUGAUGAAUCUUCGGACGAUGAAGAUGAAGAUCAGCCACCUCGACUGCCUCCAAAUGAGAGAUUCCCGGAGACGCAUAGCAAAAUCAAAGAAACUAUUGCGGAACUCGGCGGAGCGGUUGCUCCCAAGCUGAAUUGGUCAAGCCCAAAAGAUGCGAAAUGGAUGUCACCACAUCAAAACACCUUAAAAUGCACCUCACCAAACGAUAUCUACCUCCUACUCAAGUCAUCAUCGUUUAUUGCGCAUGACCUCAAUCACGCCUUUGACGAUUGCACCCCCGCGCCGCCAUCUCGACCGUUUACUCCAGUUCUGGUACUCAGACCCUUCUUCAACCCCUACGUUUCGAUGGAGUUUCGUUGCUUCGUCAAGCAUAGGACGCUUAUUGGCGUUUCACAGCGGGACUGGAAUUAUUACGAAUUUUUGCGGGGACUUCGCCCACAUAUUUGGAAGAAAAUCAAUCUCUUCUUUAAGGAGAAGAUGAGACUUACUUUCCCAGAUGCAUCGUUCGUCUUUGAUGUAUACAUCCCUAAAGACUCCCUGGGCGAAGGUGGCUUAGGCAAAGUUCGUCUUAUAGAUAUUAACCCAUGGGCUCCUCGCACCGAUCCCCUGAUGUUCUCAUGGCAAGAACUCCUUGAUAUGGACGUCAAAACUCCUCUUUAUGGCUCAGUCCCUGUCGACACUGGCAUUGAUGUCGGUGUGGAUGAUGUUGGCGCAGAUGUGACCGAUGACGAGGCUGACUUGGAGUACCAGCCCGAUGCUUUUCCUGAACUAAGAAUUGUCGAAAAAGACGAUCCCGCAGCCUUCAACUUCAGUACUCCGCAGUACUCUGCUCACAAGCUGCCAAAGGAGGUUGUCGACGCCAGUCUUGCUGGUGAUGGAGGACUCAGAGAAUUUGCCCAACAGUGGAAGGAGAUCACUGAGGGCAGAGCAGACGGGCUGUGGGACAAGCAAGGUGGUCAGCGCUGA